GCCGAGAUAGACUGGUCGACUCUUGGUCGACUCUUGGUUGAUACCAAGGCCAAAUACGAUGAGCUUCGGUAUUUCUUCUUUGGCUUGUCGCCUUGGCGUCGGCCUGGUGCGGUCAGUGCGGGUUCACAAAACGCCAUUGACGUAGGAGUCGAGGAAUGGGGAUAAUCCCAGGGUUUCCGGGGAGGGAGGAUCAUUUUGACAGGCACGUUCAGCUCCGCCCAUGGGAGGGGGGGGAUGCUAAGAUCCUGGUGCAUAAUCCCUAUGGCCUACAGGCUACAGACGCAGGCAACUUGGAUGUCGCUGUCAGCGGCAGAGUUUGCAUGGGAGAUUAUCCAGAUCCAUUUAGCCCGGUGGGACCAUGCUGUGUCGCAGCUAUACCUUGCAGGACGUACGGAGUAUAUGGACGAUAAUAUUACCUACGUACGAGGCUGCAAACUCCGCUGCCUGCUUGGCUGUCUCAUCGCGCACGAGAAACGAAGGAUGGGCCAUCUACAGGGUGCGCGGCUAAUCAUAUUGCUCUGCGGUUGUCGGGUCUGUAGGACGGACAAGCGGACUGACCGAUCUAAGUCUUUUUCCGGUCUACGGUGGAGAUGCAUCGGAAUUCAUUGGAUAAGCCGUGGAAUGCCAGCAAUCGGCGGAUUUCGCUGGCAGUCGGAAUUGGAAGGAGGAAAGAGAGAUCAUGCCGACAAAACGGGAAAAAUUAAAAGACAGACCCAAGAAAAAGGUAAUUCUUUUUAGGCUAACGAGAUGGGGACGCGGAGAAAGGUGAUAUUAAACCGCAAUAUAGGAGGGGAAAAAUGGGGACCUGGAGACGCCGGCGCGGCCAGAGACGGUGCGGGGUGGGGAAUCCCAGUCGGCAUCUUGGGAUGGCGCCGAAUCAGCAACCAGAGCCUCCCACCAACAGCACACUGGAGGAGGAGCAUACCCUACCUUUCCCCUCCGGGCUAAACCUUUUCCAGCCAGACUUUAUUCGCAUUAUCGUGGAUAUCAUUAUUA